AUGUCCAACGACCCACAAGUAGCUAGCAGCACUCCGUCCGCUCCUCCUGAUCCAGUGACAGCCACCGAAGCCUCUGUGUCACCCUCGAAAACUUCAGACGAUGCAAAGCUGAAGCUGAAGAAGCGUCGUCUGGGUAUCGACACUUCGUUGAUCAUCAGUGAUACUCGUUCGAAAAGACGAAAGACUCCCACUCCGGAGCCUGAGGAAGAAAAGAAGCCAGAGCCAGAUCCAAAAGACCCCAAAAGGGCCAAGGCGUUAGGCAUGCAACUGUAUCAGAAAAUCAUGGAUUCCAAGGAUCCUAACGGCGAGAUCAUGGCUGAGCCAUUCAUAAAACUCCCCAACAAGCGCCAAUUCCCAGACUAUUAUCAACAAAUUCAUAAGCCAAUUUCGCUCGAGAUGGUGCACGAGAAACUGGAACAAGAGGCUUAUCAGACUCUCAAAGAAGUGUGUACCGACUUGGGUCAGAUAUGUGUCAACGCUAAGCGAUAUAACGUCAAGCAAUCACUCAUCUUCCAGUUUGCAAAGAAGAUACAUAAAAUGAUCCGCACCUUUUACUCGAACACUAUCACCCCUGGUCAGAAAGACGAGAGCGACUCUGACGGCGAGCACGAUCUCGAACCUAAAACCGAGCCAGGGUCUGUCAGCAUGGAAGCUAAACCCUCCGGAGAUAGUCGCGGCGAUGACGAAGAUGGUGCCGGACCCUCGAACCAUAGUGCAGCAGGCGAGACCGCCUCGGAAGCAGCAAUCCGCCGAGAAAACAAGAGACGUGGAAAUUACAUGAGAGAAGGACCGACCGUGUACAAGCUUGUCAAGCCGGUCUUCAAGGCCAUCAGAGAGGCGAAAGCCCGAGAUGGAAGCGGACGGGACAUUGCGGGGAUCUUCAUGACUCUGCCAGACAGGAAGGAUUUUGAGGACUACUACAAGGUCAUGAAAAAUCCAAUAUGUCUGACAGAAAUUGAGGAUCGCAUGCUAGGCAGGAGGUAUGAAAAAUGGGAAGAAUUUUUCGAGGACGUCGACCUUAUGAUCAACAAUGCUAUGAUAUAUAACGAGGAUGAGAGUGAGGUAUACAAAGAUGCCGAACAGAUUCGGGACAUCCUCGAGCAAAAUAGGGUGGAAGUGAAAGAUCGAUCCACAAAACCCGUCAUACCGAAAAUGCGACUCAAAGCGUCUACAGUUACACCUGUACGAACUGGCAAUCUUAGUGGACGGAACUCCAUAUCGGCCGAGCCACAUGCAGGCUCGCCAGCCUAUUCGCAUUCUCCUCAAUCGGUCCCUGUAUCCACUCCAUUGCCCAUGAUGACACCACCUGUUGCGCCUGUACCGUACCUCCCCGCAUUACCCCCAGGCGUGGUGACAGAGGAUGUGGUGGCGUCCCUCGAUCGAUAUCCGAUAUACGAACGACAAGCCUGGGUCAAUUCCUUACCUCCCCUGGCCGCUCAAAUCUAUCGUCAGAUGGCAGCUGCUCUCGAGGCACGCAAACGAUACACUGUGCCCUCCACUCCUCCCAUACUUGCCGAUGGCCCCUCUUCAGCUCGACGCCCUCCCCCGCCCGCUGAAAGGCCGCCAUCAAAUGUAUCUGUGGAGAACCGAGCGCCACCUGAGCCGACAAUCAAGUAUAUGGACUUCACCUUUGCUUCCUCCUCCGAUGAGGGAGAUUUCCGACCGACUGUCCGACUCCAUAACCUGCGUGGGGUGGUCACACACGCCGUGGUUGUAGGAUCGGAUACGACCGAAAUUGAGCUCACGGCAUAUAUCUCUCCACCUCGCAAAACGGACGGGGAUGUGACGGAUGUUAUUGAAUCGGUUCCAGAGCUUUCUCUCAGGGUCAAUGGUUCCCAGGGCAGUUUACCUAGGUUCGUAUUUGCGGAAAGCGACAAAGAGCGUCCUCGAGGUUCACGAUGGAGUGUUCAAAUGCCCGCGGCGAAAACGGACAAUAGAAUUGAAGUCAUAGCUACAAAGCCCGGCAGUAUGGCGGAAACAAGCACUGUCUUGGUCCUGCGGCAGUAUUGA